UGUAAACCGCCAAAGUUUCACAGGGAUCAACCUGUUCCAGUGCAGACAGAACCAGCUGAUCUCAGAACUGAGCGUGCAGUGGUGAACAGACUUUUGCUUGCCUUUAUGGAUGAUUUAAAAUACAAAUAAUACAAAAAAUAUAUAUUUUAUUUAUUUAAGAGUUGUUUUAAUUCCUAAGAAAUGUUGACAUCCACGUGGGGUUUUCUGAAGCGUCAUAGAAGGAAGUUUAUAUUUGCAGGUGUUUUCGUUGGAGGAGUUUACCUAUUGGGUAAAUAUGCACAGAAGAAAAUGAGACAAAUUCAGGAACGAGAAGCAGCAGAAUACAUUGCACAAGCACGUCGUCAAUUUCAUUUUGAAAGUAACCAAAGAACGUGUAACAUGACAGUGUUAUCAAUGCUUCCAAAUUUAAGAGAUGCUAUCAUACAACACCUGAAUUCAGAAAGCCUCACAGCUUUGCUCAAGAACAAGCCACCAAAUAAGCUGGAGAUCUGGGAGGAUUUAAAGAUAAUCAGUUUCACUAGAAGCAUAGUAGCUGUAUACAGUAUCUGUAUGCUAGUUGUACUGUUGCAUGUCCAGCUAAACAUCAUUGGUGGAUACAUAUUCCUCGAUAAUUCUGCUCUCAGCAAGAAUGGAAUGACACCAUUCGCACCCCCUGAAGUACAACAGCAGUACCUCUCGAGUAUUCAGCACCUUUUUGGGGAUGGCCUGAAUGAACUAAUGACUGUAGUGAAGAAAGCUGUACAGAAAGUUUUAGGAGGCAUUUCCCUUAAACAGAGCAUCUCUCUGCUGGAGUUGGAGCAGCAUGUAAACCAGAUCAGAGAGCAGGUGGAGCAGAGGCGACGUUCAAGCACAGCUGAAAGUAGUGGAAACAAAUUGACUCUUUCUUCGUACAUGAUGCCAGAUGAGGAAAGCACUUUAUCAGCUCAGGCAUGUGGUCUAACAGAGAAAGAUGUUGGAACAAUAAAAUUGCUAAAUGAAACCAGGGACUUGUUAGAAAGUCCAGACUUCUACAUUGUUUUGAAUACCUGUUUGAACCGUGGGUUUAGCCAGCUUUUUGACAAUAUGGCAGAGUUUUUCAGGCCUAAUCGGCAAGAUCCUGGGGAGAGCAUCGCAGCGGACAGUCUGUCCAAUGUCAGUCUUCCGCUAGCCAAAGUCAUCCCUGUAGUAAAUGGACAGAUUAAUUCAAUGUGCAGUGAAACACCAAGCCAGUUUGUUCAGGCCCUCUUAAUGGCUGAGCAGGUGAAGGAAUUUUCUGCUAAUGUAUAUGAAGCUUUCAGUGCAACUCAGCAAUUGCAGAAAUGAGUUGCAAAGAGGUGGAAUACUUGUACUGGGAUUGUACACAUAGUGCACAACUCUGCAGAUACAUUCCCAGUGAAUCUACAGCAGACGGGACCUCCUUUAGCUAAGCAUCACAUUCCUAGCAAUUACACACUGCGAAACCAAGUUUCUAAUGCUGUUACUUAAAGGAAGACCCUGCAUGUUUUGAUCCACCAUUUCGAUUAGUGGGGUUAAAAGCGGAGUGUUUCAGUAACCAAGUAGCACCUGGCUUUAAAUUGAAGGCCUGUGCUGAAGAACUGUACCAGGACUGAAAACAACCUAGAAGUUGCUCUAGAAGAUGUAUAACAACAAUGAUUGUUCAGGUUGUUUUUUGGUUUGUUUAUUUUGUCUGACAAACAAACUUGUCCCUUUGUCCAUUUAUCCUUUCUAACAGUACCUGAAACUAAAUUAAUUUAGCAUGCUUGAUACCACCAUAUACACCUGUCCGUUACUGAGGAAACUAGCAUGUUGUUGCAGCGAAACUGUACUUGAGCUUCUCAUCUGCAAGUACCUAUCAAAUUUAAAAGUAAUACAUCUAUUUGAGGAAUUACAUUCUACUUACAAGUCUCUUACCUUGCAAGUAUUGUUGAUAAUAUUAAUGUAUUAACAUACUACACAAAAACUAAAUUGACACCAAUCUAUGUUACAAGAGGCCUGUUAAUCUUUUUUUUUUUUUUUUUUAGCUGCUUUUCAGUUGCAAAAGGAAGAAAUACACACUUUAAUUUAAUUGUGUUUUAAUAUACUGUGAUUAAUUUAAUUUUGAAUGAAGAGUUAUGUCCAGUAGGAAUAAGCUGAAUAAUGUUGGGUAUAUUUUAUUCUAAACAGGUUCUUACUGUAAAGACUAGUGCAAUUUUAAUUAUUUUUUUUAACAAUGAUCAAUACAAGAUUAUCUGUAAAAUAUCCAUUAAAUAUUUAACCUUAGCCAUAUAGAUCACCAAACCCACAUCUCCCAAGAUAAAUAAAAUUGUAUGAACUUG